AUGCUCGAGGGGGGGAGGAGGGAGGUGUCUGACCGAGGUCGUGGAGGUCGGCUCAUCACGACCCACCACAAUGGCUGGUCCACACUCAGCAUGUUUGCGUCGGCUGCUGCCAAGAAGACCAACGAACUGGCCGUCACAGCAACGGAGAAAACGAAGCAAUUGGGCCAAACAGUACAAACGAAGCUUAAAGAGGGCCACCUAAUGGACACCAUCUCCGAUGGCGUGUCAAAUUUGUCCCACAAGGUAACAUUCCUGUCCACUUUUCCGCCUUCAAUGUCCCGUUCGGUUGAUUUUAUCAACUACUUUCGUUGCUGUCCACGCAAACAAGAUUUUCCCUCGCACCUUUUAGCACCUGUCUUGUCUUUCCUUCACCCCCAGGUUCAGAGCUACCUUCAGUCAUCUGUUGGCGGUUCUUCUGGGACUAUGCAAGCAUACCGUCAACAGGGGAUGACUUACCAGCAUCAGCUUGAUGAGUGCGCGGGUGCGGCGGUUCCUUCACGUGACACCUACGGCUCCCUUGCGACUGCUGGGGGUCGGAAUGCGAAGAGUUUCGACGAGUGUGUGGAUGCCAGCGCUGACUGGGGGCGGGCCAAAGUCGCCUGCGACAACUCGCUGGUCGCUCCAGGCGCACAUGAUCCAAUUGUAGCGACAACAACGCCGACUCCUAAGGCGGAAACUGCUUCAAAGGAUUGGUGGAACUCGGACUGGGAUGCCGACGGUGACAGCGGGUGGAACGACCUCAGUGGCAAUUCCGAAGAGCAGUUUAGCACAUCGAAGAAUCAACGCAUCUCCGGAUCCGUUAGUCGUCGCAGCAAAGCGAGCAAAUUCGACUGA